CGUCCUGAAACCACACACUGUGUCAGUGCUGGCUGUCAAUCUGUCGUGCGUUUGUUUCCAAUUUUCGGCAAAUUUGUGCAAACUUCGUGCGUUUGGUGGUAAGCGUCGGGAAAAGCUGGUACCGCAAGCAAUAGGCAAACACGAAGGAAAAGGCGUGCACAGAGCCACAAGGGAAAAAUUCAAUUCACCGUUGUCGUUUCGUGCGUGCGUGCGUUGUGUGUGAAAUUUUCAGUGAAAGGUUUGCGUGUCGAGAUAAACAAAUACGGAAGGAAAAUCCCGUCCUCUGUGAGGAGCGACCACCGUUUUCCGGCUUGCAUCGUCAGCUCUUGCUGAGAAAACACAGCGCCAACAAGAGCCCCAAACAACCGAACAGUAGUAGCACCGUAAUUGGCCGGAAUGGCUGCAGCACCUGUUAUCAUUCCAUCGGUGGCGAAGCACACAUCCACGCUAAUCUUCCUUCAUGGCCUUGGCGAUACCGGCCACGGUUGGGCCACCUCGAUGGGAGCGCUCCGUACGCCCGACAUGAAGGUAAUCUGCCCGACCGCACCGAACAUGCCGGUUACGAUGAACGGUGGCUUUCGGCUGAACUCGUGGUUCGAUCUGAAAUCGAUCUCGAUCAGCGACCCGGAAGAUGAGGAAGGCAUCAAGAAGGCGACUCGCUACGUGCACGAGCUGAUCCAGAGCGAGAUGAAGGCGGGCAUCUUGUCGAACCGCAUUAUGCUCGGUGGAUUUUCGCAGGGUGGCGCACUGGCGCUGUACGCCGGGCUUACGUUUGCUGAACCGUUGGCCGGCGUGAUGGCACUGUCGUGCUGGUUGCCGCUGCACAAAAGUUUCCCGAGUGUGCGAAAGUGUCCGGAUACGGUGCCGGUCCUUCAGUGCCACGGUGACUGUGAUCCGAUCGUGUUCUACAAGUUUGGUCAAUUAUCGUCCAGUGUGCUGAAAUCGUUCAUGAAGAACUCGCACUUUCAAACGUACCAAGGGCUGGGCCACAGCUCCUGUGAUGCCGAAUUGAGCGAUAUGAAGAAAUUCAUCGAUGAUCAUGUUCCUCGCCAGUGAAGCCCUGGCUGGCUCCGGCGGCUCUAUUCGGCAGCUUGUUCGCUUACAUUCGUUAAAAAAAGAAAGCCGCACCCGUAAGAAGGAGGAGGAGGAGGAGGUAAUGUUUGCGACAUAAAAGCAUUAAUAUUAGCAUCCAAAUGUAGUGUAUCGGUUCGCAAAACAAAAAAAAAAAAAUAUUUCACACAAUGUUCUGUUAAUGCAAUAGAGCAUGCAACAACAACUUAUGUAAAACUCGAGAACGCGACGUAAAUAUGACUAACCCUAGCGCGAUUUAAAAGUAGUACGCGAGACGUUUGUUGAAAGCAAUCAUGAGAAGAAGUAGAAGAAGGAAAGGAAAUGGAUAAAACGGCCAAAUGAAAGUUGCAAAAAAAUACUAAAACAUGAGGACUGCAAAACAAUACAGAAACUGAGUCAAUGUUUUAAAAACACACAAAUACACACACACUAUUUUCAUGCACUAUUUUUCGUAGCUCAUGUGGCGAUAAAGGAAGAGAAGAAUCAGAUUGCAACAUCCUUCCCAAGGCCAACCCCCUUUAUCUGGGCCCUUUAGCAGCGUAGUGAUGGGCAAAUAGAAGUUUCAGGCGGGACCGAGGGUUCUUAUCGCUUGUAGACCGGUGGCAAGAUAAAACUACUUACGAUUACUGUGCAUUUUGUGUUGUAGAGACACGUUGCCACACUACGUUAUAUUAGAUAAAAAACUUGCGUGCGUGAUAAUAUGUGACCUAAACGCCUAUAUAUACAUACGGAGAAAGGGCUCAAGCAAACGAGAUCGAAAAAAAAGGUAUACAAGAAACAGGGCUGGGGAGGGGUGUAGUAAUGCUAGGAAAAAGCUAGGAAAGGGAAGAUUAAAAAAAAGGGAAACAACACACACACACAUACAAGUAUUGAAACACACGAGCUGGCAAUUGAACGCAAUCUAAGCCGAUAAAACUAGGGCGGGAAAAGGGUACGUAGGGAAAAGUGAAACUUUUGAUUUCUCUUUAGUCAUACACACAACACGCAACAGUCCCAAAAUCGAGAAUAGGAGUUGUAGUCUAUAGUAUUAAUGAGACAUUUCUCCUUGCUCUAGGGAAUAUGCUCUUGCUGCAACUAGAUUUCGUCCAAUGCGAGGUUUUCCUUUAGUUCAAUCGAAUUUUUCCUUUCUAAUUUUACCAUCUAGAGCGAGUGUUUUACUGACCAGAACACAUAAGAUAGACCUCCGUCUGAAGUCUUUCUAGGUACUGUGGCCCCAUAAAGAGACUAAGGAGAAUGGUAGAAUUCUAACCCCGUAAUGUCAAUCAGCAUGAGGACAAUUUAAAUAACACAUGUGAAUAAACUUCAAUCUUACGUUUUAGCUACGUUUCCUUAGCUACAACCAGCCAAUCGCUUGAUGGUGGAAGGCCGCUUGAUUUCGAUUUGACGACUCACAGUAAUGUAACAUAGUAACCUAUGUCCAGGAUGCCAGGAAAGAAGCUGAGCGUAGCGAUGGGAAUGACCACUCAGUAAAGUGAAUUGCAUCAGAGUGAGUGAGUUAAACCGUGCUUAGUGAGAGUGGUUAGUCGGCAGGGAGAGUCAAAUCAUAAGAGAGUUGAAAUUACUCUUAGUGAUGAUUGAAAUCAUCUCAGUCAUUGUUAAGAUUUAACUGAUUCACCCAAUCGGACUCAGUUUGCCCAUCACUAGCUGAGCGGUUAUCCAUUUGUUGACAAACAAAUACUUCUCCGUAGGGCUAUAUUUUCCUUUCUUCAAUUGACUAACUUCCGGCAAUCCUUAAAGAGGAAAAUAAAAGUAUAAUGCUUCUUCAAAGACUCACGAACAAA